CUGAGAGAGAGAGAGAGAGUGGGGGAAGCUCCAGCUCUCCUCCUCCACUCCUUCAUUCCCUCGCGCGUGCUUUCAGGGCUCGGGAACUUCAAUCGCUCUGCUGGACGGAACCGACGCGACACGACGCGGAGGAGCUCCGUAGCGCUUCAGUCCAGCGUCAUUAUUCCAGUGUUAAGCGCGCGCGCCUGCUGAUCAUCUCCGCCCUGUUUCUGGACCCACAGCCUGGCCGUGGAUUGUGUCUGUGGAUCUGCGAGGCUUUUUUUCUUGUUUAUUAUCAUUAUUAUCGCCCUGCUUUGGUGGAUAAAAACCCGUGUGGAUGUAACGUUCACUAAACUGCCUGGAUCUCAAACCUUCACGCACGCACACGUCUCGCGCGCGACCUGUAUGGGAUGUUUUCAUGUUUUCAUCCAGAACCUGUGCAUUGAGAACCAGAACCUGGAGCGUUUUAGCUUAUCGUUUGUGUGUGUAUAUGUGUGUGUAUAUUUGUAUGCAUGAGUGUGGAAGCUGCUAGCUAGGUUACGUUAAGUGUGUAUGUAUACGUUAUACGUGUGUAUGUGUGUGUUUAUAUGUAUGAAUGCAUGUAGCUAAUGCAGCUACAUCGCGUGUGAGUUGUGCAGAAUUAUUAAAGAGUAAAGUCUGGCGCAUGCUACAGACAGCCUCUGCUGCUGCCGCCUCCUCUCCCGCCUCCUCUCGGCCUGUCUGCCGUCCCGGGACCUUCAUGCACUGGGCACGGCGCCAUGCUCGCUGUGUAGCCGGGCAACCCUCCCUCAGUGCCGCAUGUUCAGGAGCAGACGCUCGGGGCUUGUGCGGCGACUUUGGAGGUGCCGUGCGCCCGUCGACGAAGACGGAGAGGCGGGCAGCGGCGGCGGCAGCAGCGGCGGUGGAUCGGGGGGAACGACCGGAGGAUCCGGGGGAACCAGCGGGUGCUGCAUGGGCAAGCCAGCCGCCGGACAUAAGGCCGGCCCCGGCUCCGAGGCCGAACUGAAGGCGCUGACCCACUCGGUGCUGAAGCGGAUAAAGGAGAAGCAGCUGGAGGGGCUCCUGCAGGCGGUGGAGUCCCGGGGAGGGGCGCGGAGCCCCUGCCUGCUGCUGCCCGGCAAAGUGGACGCCAAACUCGGACAGCAGUCCUACUCCCUCCCGCUGCUUCUCUUCAAGGUUUUCCGCUGGCCGGACCUCCGGCAUGGCGCCGAGCUCAAGCGGCUCCCGGGCUGCGAGUCCUACGGCAAGGUGAACCCGGAGCUCGUCUGCUGCAACCCGCACCACAUGAGCAGACUGUGCGAGCUAGAGUCCCCUCCUCCCCCGUACACACGCUACCCAGUGGACUUUCUGAAACCACCCGAUUCCCCAGACUCUAUACCUGCUUCCACUGAAACUGGGGGAACGAUACAUUCAGCCCCUGUGGGGUUCUCAGAUUCCCAGGCUCUUCAGGAGUCUGGCGAGCGAGGGCACUGGUGCGUGGUGGCGUACUGGGAGGAGAAGACGCGAGUGGGCCGCCUCUACUCGGUCCGGGAGCCUUCGCUGGACAUCUUCUACGACCUACCUCAGGGCACGGGCUUCUGCCUGGGCCAGCUCGCCUCGGACAGCCGCAGCCAGCUGGUUCAGAUGGUCCGGGCCAAAAUCGGCUACGGCAUCCAGCUGAGUCGCGAGGCGGACGGCGUCUGGGUGUACAACCGCAGCUGCUACCCCAUCUUCAUCAAGUCGGCCACACUGGACAACCCCGCCUCUCGCACGCUGCUGGUGCACAAGGUGUUUCCCGGCUUCUCCAUUAAAGCCUUCGACUACGAGAAAGCCGUCAGCCUGCAGCGGCCCAACGACCACGAGUUCAGCCAGCAGCCGCGGACCGGCUUCACCGUGCAGAUCAGCUUCGUGAAGGGCUGGGGCCAGUGCUACACCAGACAGUUCAUCAGCAGCUGCCCCUGCUGGCUGGAGGUUAUAUUCAAUAACCGAUAGCGAUGAGCCGGACUCUCAGACUGACCCCCCGACCUCCCUCCCUCCCCACCUCCUCCUCCUCCGGACUUAUCCUCUUUUUUCUUGUUGCGACGGAGCGAGAAAAUUUCUCCAGAAGAUGUUUUUAAAGACGGAGGAAGAGGAGAAAAAAACAAACGAAAAACAGCCCCGAAAAAGAAAAGCCCACAAUGACUCGUUUAUUAAAUGACUAAAAUUUAAUUAAGUGAAUGAAAAGUUAAAUAUGUAUUUUAUGUUAUAUAUAAAUAUAUUAUUACUUGUAAAUACGAAGACGUUUUAUAUGCAUCGUUAUUUAUGUAUUGUGCAAUGUGUUGAGAAAUGGAAAAAGAUGCACUUUGCUUAAUAUAAAUGCAAACAGAGAAAUGCCAAAAUUAAAAAAAAAAAAAAU